UUUUGGAUGGAGAUGCUCCGUCUGCUCCCGCUGGGGAACCCACCUGCCCUCACACCGCGCCUCACACCGCGCCUGCGCCUCAAAUCACCAUAGUGUGCGAUUGUGUUUCUAUUUGUUAUCACAUUAGGUAAAGAUUUGUGUUUAUUUUAUUUUUUUAGUUUGGGGAGUGGUUUGUGCUUGAAGUGCUGCGCUGUGAGGGUGCGGGGCGCACGGAUUAAUCAUAUCCACAGCAGCGGCGGUGGCGCACGACGCACGGCGGAGAUAAACAAGAGCGGCAGCAGAGCGUCGCUUGGCCUAAACGAGCAGCCGGAGAAACAUCACCUCCACCACCAGCAGCAGCAGCAGAACCACUAACAGCACCAGCGACAGCACCAGAACCACUAACAGCACCACCAGCAGCACCAGAACCACCACCGGCAGCACCAGCAGCAGCGGGAAAGGAACCAGAGCCUGGUUCAUGCGCAGGACUGCCGUGGCCGCAGCGGUUCCCCAGGAUGGAGAAAUCACGCAGGAUGCAACGCAGAGGAUCGACCUGGUUCAUCGUGAGCUUUUCACUCGUGCUGGCGUGUGUUGUGCUCGUGGUGGACAGCAGGAAAGCCAAGCAGCCGCGCUGUCCCUCCGCAUGUACGUGUACCAAAGAUAACGCGCUGUGCGAGAGCGCAGGAUUGAUCCCACGCAGCUUCCCUUUCGAUGUCAUAUCACUAUCAUUCGUCAAGUCUGAAUUCACUGAAAUCCCAAAGGAGAGCUUCAUCCACACGCCUGCUCUGCAUCUCCUACUCUUCACAGCCAACAACCUGGACUCUAUAAACGAGGAUGCUUUCCUUGGUCUUCCCCAUCUGGAGUAUCUGUUCAUCGAAAACAACCAAAUCAAGUCCAUAUCACCCAAUGCUUUCCGUGGCCUGAAAACCUUAGUGCACCUGAGUCUGGCCUACAACAACCUGGAGACUCUUCCCAAAGAUUUGUUCUCUGGUCUUGAGGCCUUAACUAAAGUAGACCUGCGGGGAAACCAGUUCACCUGCGACUGUAAGCUCAAAUGGUUGGUGGAGUGGAUCGCCAGCACCAACGCCACAGUGGAUCAGAUUUACUGCAAAGGCCCGGCCUCACAGCUGGACAAGAAGAUCAACGACCUGGUGCCACAGUCAUUCGACUGCAUCACCACAGAGUUUGCUUCCUACCAGUCGCUGAAGUUUGAGUCCAUAUCUGUGGAGGCGUUCUCCUUUGGGAAUGACCAGUAUGUGGUGUUUGCUCAGCCCUUCAUUGGGAAAUGCAGUUUUCUGGAGUGGGAUCACGUGGAGAUGGUCUUCAGAAACUAUGAUGACAUUGACAGCACGUCCACGGUGAUUUGCAAACCUCUGGUCAUUGACAAUCAGCUCUUCAUAAUUGUGGCUCAGCUGUUCGGCGGCUCGCACAUCUAUAAGCGUGACACCUCCGCAAACAAAUUCAUCAAGCUCCAGGGCAUCGACAUCCUCAAAAUCCGCAAACCGAACGACGUUGAGACCUUCCUCAUCGAUGGAGAAUCGUUCUUUGUCAUAGCAGACAGCUCUAAGGCUGGUUCCACCACCAUCUACAAGUGGAAUGGUAACGGCUUCUACUCUCACCAGUCGCUCCACGAGUGGUACCGGGACACCGACGUGGAGUACAUGGAGAUUUCGUCCAAGCCUCACCUGAUCCUGUCCAGCAGCUCCCAGAGGCCAGUCAUCUACCAGUGGAACAAAGGCAACAAGCAGUUUGACAUACGCACAGACAUCCCAGAGAUGGAGGACGUCUACGCUGUGAAGCAUUUCCUCGUCAAGUCCGACCUCUUCAUCUGCCUGACGCGCUUCAUUGGUGACUCCAAAGUGAUGCGCUGGGAUGGGGCACUCUUUAGGGAACUGCAGACCAUGCCCUCUCGUGGAUCCAUGGUGUUCCAGCCGUUCACUGUGAGCAGCUGGCAGUACGCCAUCCUGGGCAGCGAUUACUCUUUCACCCAGGUUUACCGCUGGGAUGAUAAGAAGGGCAUGUUUGUCCAUUUCCAGGAGCUGAACAUCCAGGCACCGAGAGCUUUCUCUCCAGUCUCCAUAGACAACCGACAGUUCCUGCUGGCCUCCAGUUUCAAAGGGAAAACUCAGAUCUACGAGCACCUGGUCAUUGAUCUGAGCAAUGAGUGACUGCUGAUUUAUUGGUAGGUUAUCGGUAUCUUUAGUGGGGUUUUUUGUGUAAAAAAAAAAAAAAAAGACUGUUGCAGCAGCCGCAGUGCUGACCAACACUCAUACAGUAAUUAUCACUUGAUCCUAACUUGAGAAAGGCAGGCAUUACUCUCAUAUGUUUUUGAAAUCUUCCAUUGAAAUCAGUGCAUGGUAAAUGUAAAAAACACAAACAUGUAUCUCAACCUAGUGUGUUUGGCUGAGAUGCCUGUUGAGUUCAACGCAUGGAUCUCAAGUUAGGAUUAUAACCAAGACAUUGUCAAGACUGGGAAUGGGACGAUAUUGACAGUAUUAUAGAGAUCAACUAUAAUUGUAAAAAUAUGCUUUAAACUUUUGAAAUGUCUCCAACACAUAAUUUUACCUAACAAUUUAGUAAGAAACAAAUCAUUGCAGAUAGAUUUCUUUUGUGAAAAAGGUCCAGUGUGUAAGAUUUAGUGACACCUAGUGGUGACUGCAAUGUGCAACUCCCCCCCGCCUUUCCGCCAUUAACUAUAGCCUAACUAACCUAAAUAACUAUGUUUCCAGUUUGGUACAGUACAGUACAGAUUGGAAGUGUAAAGCCCUCGGUCAGGCUUGCGUUUUCACUGAGAACAGUACCUUUACUUGGGUUAAGGUUAGGCAGGGUGUGUGUUGUGCCUGAUGGCAGCACCACAAAAAUAAGUAGCAUGACAACGAACGACGGCAUUGACAACAGACAACACCAGUCGCAAGGGAGUGACGUUUUGACACCUUUCCCUGGUGCCCCAAAAGAAAGGUGCCACAAAUGUAACAGUUGGGGCUGGUUAUUUUGGGACUAUUCUACUCUUCUUACCCAAAUAAAUAUGUACCAUGUCGUACCAAACCAAACCGUUCCACUCACGGAUCGUCCCUUACAUCGUCCAAUAAAAUAAAAGCAAGUCCCUUAACUUCCAGUUAGUUGUCACAAGAGGAAACUAGGACUGUAAGGUAAUCUUCUGAUAUCGAUCGAAACCUUUACAUCACCUUUGAGUAGUUGUUUUAGCCAUGAGGGACUUAACAUGGACGAAAAAUGAAAAAGGCAUUACCAGAAAUAUGGGCUGGCUUAUUUAAAACCGGGGAAUCAGGGAACUACGGUGGCCUUUGCAUACCAGAAAGGUUCACAGCACAACUCUCUCCACUCUCCCCCUCUCUCUGCAGGUUUUCGUUAGUUUGAACAUCAGUGGGCAGAGUUCUUUUUCUUCAUAAGCACAGUAAACUCCUGUUUUAACGUAUGGAACCCAUGGAUGCCACAAGAUGGUGGCCUCUGUAAAGCAUGACCUUUACCUUUCUAUGACCUUUAAGUACGUAGAAAAUAUUAUUAAAGUGAUUAUAUUAUUAUUAGUAUAUUCAAUUUCCGCCAUUAGAUCCUCCUAAAUCUUACACACUGGACCUUUACACAGGUGUUUGUAAACUCGAGUGAGGCCGGGGCUGCCUGUUUCUGUCUGAGAUCACAAAAUAUUGACCGAAGCCGACCAGAACCCAACAGGAGUCGCUUUUUUCUUUGUCUGAGCCCGACCUGAACCCGACACAGAGUAACCUUUAGUGUACUCUGACUGUCACGGUGGAUACUAGCCUUCAGUUAUUGUUACAGCAAAUGACAAAUUUAUCAUUACAUCCAGGCAGUGGCACACACGCACAAACACAUGCACAAAUCCAAACAUGAGUCAUCAUCAGCACGUAUCAUUGAGUAGUUGUGGAGGAAAAGAAUAUCUAACCAUCUUGUCAUUAAUAGUAAAUGCCAUCUCUAAACAGAAACACUAGGUCAAUCACUAUUAUAACUUAUUUUUACGCUUUAUACACCUAUUUAUUACAUGUUUAUACUUUAUUUUUAAUAAAGCAAUUUUAAAAAGAUAGUGUAUAAAUUUGCCAUAUUUCACUAUAAGAACCUGAAAAUACCAUAUCUACUGGCGUGACCGAGCCUAACAACAAUUUCUGGAUUUGUAUCCAAAUCCUGUGCAUGUAACAGGGUUACCACAUGUCCCUGAAAUCCACUUCUGAAAAUUGCCCUAAAUAGACAUAGGUCAUUGAAAGUGCUUGAAAGAAAGAAGUUAAGUUGGGAUUUAGGUAAACAGCUCCCGUGUUUGUUACAAUGCCACCUACUGUUUCAUGCCCUGCAUCGCUUGAUGUACGUAGAACACCAGAAAUCUCUGGCUCAAAAAAAUUACAAAGACUGGUUUAUCCAAGAUGCAGAGCAUGCUGCAAAUCAAUAAAAGUAACACCAUGGAUGAAGCGGCUCUAACAAGUUGCCCUCCCAUAUUAGGCUGUGACAGCACAUUCGUUUUAGACUAUGAGUGAAAUGGUCCAGGAAAGUCCUUGAAAAUGCCUUGGAUUUGAUGUGGGAAUCCUGACGUGAGCGAUUAUGUCGGUGACGUCAGACCCAGAAUCUAAUGGGUAGUGGCUCAUAUGAUUCAAAGCUCACAGUCAGCACUACAGUCUUGUUUAAAGUACCUUAAAGGGAUACUUGAGUAAAAGUACUUACUUUGGUAGAAAUUGAAGUCACUUUUUUUAUAAUAUUACUUAAUUAAAGUCUUAAAGUGUAUGACAUUUACUGUACUUAAGUAUCAAAAGUAAUUUUCUGAUGUAAAAUGUACUUAAGUUUUAGUAAAAGUAAGGAGUACGACUUCAGAACCUUCCAGACUUUAUCAGAACCUACAGACAUUAGCAAAUAGCUUCUGAUAGCUUCAAGCUACUUAGGCUAACUGCUAGCACUUACCAGUCAAACAAAGAAGUCUUCAUCCUCGUCCUCUCCUUCAGCACUCGCCAUUAUUCCACAACCAACCCCAGAUUCACUCAGGGUUUUCUUAAAGGCUUGUUUUGUCCACUCUGCAUUUAGCCUCACUAAACUUAGCCGGGGGAAAAACAACAACAACAACAACAAAACAAACAAAGUGGCACUUGCACUGCGUCACGUCAGCCGUUACUGCAUCUUCUUACACCUGUGACCUGAAUGCCCCGCCCCCAAAAUCACUGCUGUUGGCUGGAGGAGCAAAACAAAACAAAACCAGUUCAUACCAGCAGAGGGCAGCAUCUCUGCAGAUGAACACACCACCAAACACCUCGAGCAGCCCUGUCAGAAUGAUUCUGACUGGGAUUACGUUUGGAUUACACUGUAUUUAUGGAAUAAGAUUUGUGUCAAAAUUUUCAAACAACACUUUAAUUGAGCAAACAAAAAUUAACCUCAAAAUACACAAAUUGUGAUUUAAUCAUUCCAAAAUAUUGUAUUUUAUUUGUUUGAAAAAACACUUUGUUUGCAAUAGUGCUGAAACAAUUUCUCUUUAAUCGAUUACUAAAUUAAUCGUCAACUAUUUUGAUAAUCGAUGAAUCGGUUUGAAGCUUUUUUCAUGAUUAAAACAAGAUUUCUGAUUGUUUCAGCUUCUUUAUGUGAACGUAUUCUUCAUUUCUUUGCUCCAUAUAACAAAGAAAUCAUUAAAAGUGAAUAACUUCCAGGUUUGACAAACACCAACAUCAACAUUUUUUAACGUUUUCUGACAUUUUAUGCAGAGAACGAUUACUCGAUUAAUCAUGAAAAUAAUCAACAGAUUAAUCGAUUAUGAAAAUAAUCGUUAGUUGCAGCUCUAGUUUGGAACGAUUGGAAUUUUUUGCAUUUGCGCUCCCUCACUUAUUCUUUGCUUGAUACAACAAAAUAAUUGUCAGUAUCUAACAUUUGUAGUCUGACAAAUGUUAGAUAUUGAUUUUGACGGGGAAAACUUGGGGAACGAGUUUCAGACGGACAGUGACUCCAAGCCUGUGACUAUUUCUGCUCCAAAACUCAGUAACCAAUCAACAGGCAGCUUCCUAAGACCCGCCCAUGGUCAGAAUCGCAAACAAACACAAAAGAGUCAUAGCAAACAAAAUUCCAAUUAUUGCAAACAAAAAGUGCCAUUUGAAAAUGUUGACACAAAUCUAAUCCCAUGGAUAAUUUAGCUUUAAAUAGAGGUCUUAAAAUUACUGGAGAGAUGAAGUCCCCUCCCUUGUGGCACCGCAGAAAUAAAUCACUAGCACUGUAUUUUGGUGAACUUCACAGCAUUUUCAAGUCACUCAGCAAAUAGACAUUUUACACAUUCACGAAGAUCCCAAAAAAAAAUCUCCACAAUUCUCCACAAUCAACUUAUUGAGAGUAAUUUUUAUCAUGGCGGGCCAUCGUAUAUAUACUGUAAAUAUAUAUAUAUAUAUAUAUAUAUAUAUAUAUAUAUAUAUAUCGUCCCAUCCCUUGUCAAGAUGUUAAUGCAUGACCCCUGAUGAAUGCAACAUUCAUGCUCAUUAACACAUUAAAUCUAGCAUCUGGCCAGUAGGUUAUUUCUUUUUUCAACCCUUCAUUGUUCAUGUUACUCAAAAGUUUUUACAUUUGUAAUCUCAUAUAUUUAUCUACAAAAAAGUAAUAAAGAAAUAUAUAUUAAUUAACACGUUUGACUGAACAAAUCUGCCAAAACAAAAAUGUUUACAUUUUUCUGUCUUUCCACUUGUUCACUGAGAUUUGUAAAUUUGCCGCUUUUGUAAGAUUAAGAGGGACCACACGUCAGUUCCAUAAAUAUUUGUUAAGGAGAAUAAUUUAAGAAAAGAAAAAAAAGAAAAUGACUACGUUUGUUGUUUGUUAUUUGGAAAACAUCAACAGAGAUCUUGUGCGAGAAUCGACCUGUAUAUUCUUACCAGUUUAAAUUUUUUUAUCAUUAAUAGUUUGUAUAAUAUUUUAAAGUAUUGAAAAUUAACAUUGUUUUAUCUUUUGUUUGUUUGUUUGUUUGUUCAAAAGACGUAUGGAAAAAAAAAUCCAGGGGCACACUUAGAACUAUUUUCACACACUUAAAGGGACUGAAAUUUAAAAAAAAACAAAAAACAAAAACAAUGAGGCUGUUGUUCAUAAUGCUUUCUUUUAACUAACAUGUAUGCAAAAUGAAUUGUGUCAUGAUUGAGAUUAAGUCAUUGACUAAUAUCUUGCUACUUAGAGUCAAUAAAGGUUCACACCAGU